AUGUCGAUAAUUCACGGCGAUGUGAAGAGGGUUGCAUUUGGUUACGACUCGGCUGGCAACACCUGCAAUCAGAAAACCAACAAACCCAUUGAAAAUCUAACCAAUAGUGGCAUGUCUACUGAUGGAAAGCCAUACGUUUUCUUCAUGAGUACACUAUAUCCCAAAAAUGCUCUGCAAAUCUGCAUUGAGAAAUGCCCUAACAAAAAACUAACCACUGAGCAAGACAUUGUUGAUUUCUACAAUACUGAAAAAAUUUUUCAGUUGGAUGAUUUCAUGACGAAGACUCUGAACGACCUCUCACUAUGCUGGAGGGAGCUUAUUGGUUUGACUGUGAUUGCCGUUGUGAUUGCAUUCUUGAUGGUGGUGCUAAUGAGGUUUCUGGCUGCUGUCAUAGUUUGGGUCAUUGUGGUUCUCUCUGUGGUCGGAAGCAUCGUCGGGUCAGUUUUCCUCUGGUGGUGCUUUGUGGUGCACUUGAAAGCAGAGGAACAGGAAGAGUUUUUGGUGCCCCUGGUGGGUUCGUCCUUGAAGAAAAAAUGGACAUUCCUCAUUUUUGCCAUUGUGGCCAGUGUUCUUACUGUUAUCCUGCUACUGAUGCUGCUGAUAAUGAGGAAGAGGAUCUCAUUGGUCGUGGCUCUCUUCCAUGAAGCUGGAAAAUGCUUGGCUGACGUCCCAAUGCUACUGAUUCAGCCGAUUUGGACCUUUUUGUUCUGCCUAGUGAAAUUCCAAAAGAACACUUUUGAAAAGCAAUUUUGGUGGAUCCAUCUGAUCGGUUGGAUUUGGACCACUGAAUUCACCCUGGCCUGCCAGGAGUUUGUCAUUACAAGCACAGUGGCUAUUUGGUACUUUACCACCACGUACGACAACAUCAACAACAACACCACUACCAACAUUAACGACCAUACCAACAACAACAUCAACAACACCACUACCAACAUUAACGACCACAUUAACAACGACAACAACGACAACAACAUCAUCAACAUCAACAUCAACGACAGAUGCAAAGGCAGUGAGAAUGCAUGUGCAAGGUGCUGUCUGAAGUGUUGUAUCUGCUGUCUCUGGUGUCUGGAGAAGGUCCUCAAGUUUCUCCAUCAGAAUGCUUACACCAUCAUUGCUAUCGAAGGAACAAGUUUCUGCACUUCAGCUCGUAAGGCUUUUGAGAUAAUAUCAAGCAAUGCGCUGAGGGUCCUGGCCAUAAAUAGUGUCGGAGACUUUGUACUAUUCCUUGGAAAAGUUGCAGUUAUGUGUCUGACUGGCGUCUUCGCUGUUCUCUGGCUCAGGACAAUUCCUAGCAUCAAUUAUUUGGCAGUUCCAGUAUUUCUCGUUUGCGUGUUCGCGUUCGUCAUUGCUCACUGCUUCUUAUCAGUAUACAAAAUGGUUGUGGAUGCACUGUUGAUUUGUUUCUGCGAAGACUGUCAGAAAAACGACGGGACACCAGGUCGCGAGUACUUCAUGAGCCACUCACUGAUGCAAUUUGUGACGGAUUCGAGUGCCAAAAUUAGUAACACGGCUGGGGCCGUGGUAGGAUCGGGUGAUGCCACUGAGGGCACCGUUUUGAAGCCCGCUCUGGGACCGUAGACAGACCACGAAAGAACAUUGUAGAAGGCUCUAGAACAUUGAGUCCAUUAAAAAAAUUAAUUAUGUGGUACGAGAGAGAGAGAGAAAGAAAAAGAGAGGAGACAUUUUUUUGUGUAUUUAAUGUGCUUUUACUUGAAUAUAUAUAUGAUCGAACACAACAAUCAAUGUCAUAAUUAAAUUAUUAUGCAUACUUUUGCCAUAAUUACAUAAUACUUACGAAUCAUUAGUUUUUCCUUGCUUUUAUUAUGACUUUAUUAUGAUUUUUGUCGCUUUUUCGUAUGCUUUUUUUAUUCUCUUUU